CUUGCACCUCAAAAUACAUACACCAGAAUCCCAAGACUAGAAUCCUCUAGCAAUGGAUCUAGUAGCAAGUGUGCGAAAAGAAGGGAGCCGCGGCGGUCGCGGGGAAUUCAAAUGGGAAGAUGUCCAAGGCAGUACCCGUCGAGAGAAUUACUUGGGCCACUCGUUGAUGGCGCCUGUCGGGCGCUGGCAACAAGGCCGCGAUCUAUCAUGGUACGCCAAAUCAGGCGCGCCCAACGCCGACGCCGAUGCCGAAGCUUCCUCGGCCGCGGAUGCCCGCGCCGAAGAGAUUCGUCGAGUCAAAGAAGCCGAACAAGACGCGCUGGCUGCCGCGCUGGGAUUCGCGCCGACACCGCGCCGCCUUGACUCUGGUGGGGGCGCAAGCAGAGCGGAGAUCGAAAAGGCAGUACAAGAAACAACUGCCGAUGAUGAUGAAGGUGCCGGUGCAGCAGCGGAUAAAGUGGAUCGCAAGGGAAGAUAUGAUGUCGACAUUGACAAUGCCGAAGGGGGAGGCCGCGGUGUCGGAUAUGGAGGGUUUGGAGGUCGGCAGAUUGGCCCAGUGGGAGAUUCCGAUACGCUAGGUGGAGAAGGAGUUGGAUUGGCAAGAGGUGGGAUUUUGGGUGGGGAAAGUGGUGGGGAGCGCCGCGCACGGCAUAGUCGCCGGGGUGAGCGGGAACGGGAGGAUGAUUACGGACGUGAGGAUAGACAUCGACGAAGAAGAAAAGAAGAGAGAAGGGAAAGAGAAAGAGACAGAGUUCGUGGAUAUGAUCGGGGAUUUGAUCGCGAACGAGGACGGGAUCGGAGCCAUGAAAGACGGCGAGAUCGACGCCGAGAGAGAAGCCGCGAGGAUCGUCAUCAUCGACAUGAGCAGCAUCACCGUCGACAUGGCCGGAGUCGAAGCCGCAGCCGGAGUAGAGAUAAGAGGGAGAGAAGCCCUGGAGACAGAGCUACCUCUCCUCGAGGUGAUCGUCGGCGAGACAGAGACGAUACCUAUGGCGACAGACGCGGUGCGUAUCGAGGAAGUGAGAGGAGAAGAUACAGCGACGAUAGGUAUGGCGACGAUGACAGACGACGGCGGUGAGGUGUACAGACUUUACAGACUUUGACGCAUUACAAUGUGUAACAUGAUACCCGGAGAAAGGAAGCAUCUAGCUUUGGAUUGAAUAAAAAAAAAAGUCUCAUGCGACGAUCUAAAGAAUUCUUUUGAAAAUAAAUCUAUACUUUUAUUUCUAUGGACAAGUGAUAA